CGCGCACCGGAAGUUGGCGGCGGCCGGAGCCGUGUGGGGCGGGCGGAGCUCGGCCCGGCCCGGUCCCGCCAUGGGGCCGCUGCUGCCGCCGCUGCUGGAGCCGGGCAGCCGCCCGCGGGCGGGCAAGUGGUACCGGCUGGCCCCGCGCGGUGAAUGGCCCCGCGGGCGCGUGGGUCACGGCUGCGUGCUGGUACCGGGCGGGUCGGGCCGCGUGCUGCUCCUGGGCGGCGCCGACCCCGCGGGCGCUUUCGCGGACGCGCACUUCGUGGAGCUGGACACACACCGCUGGGCCCCGGCUGCCUGGAGCGGGCUGCGGCCGCGCUACGAGCACGCCACGUUCCUGCCCGCCCGCCUUCCGACGCGACUCUGGGUGUUCGGCGGCGCGCACCCGGCCGGGAACCGGAGCUGCGUCCAAGUGCUGGACCCCGAAAUAGGAACCUGGGAGAGUCCCGAGGUGACGGGUGUUCCGCCACUGCCCAGGACAUUCCACACCUCCUCAGCAGCUCUAGGGACCUGUCUGUACGUCUUCGGAGGUGGAGACAAAGGAGCGGAGCCGGUUAAAGACCAGCAGCUUCAUGUCUUUGACACAGAUGCUUUGACAUGGACCCAGCCUGGCACCCACGGUGACCCCCCUUCUCCUCGGCACGGACAUGUCAUAGUUGCAGUUGGGACCAAGCUCUUCAUACAUGGAGGUUUAGCUGGUGAUAUUUUUUAUGAUGAUCUGUUCUGCAUCGAUACAACCGACAUGAAGUGGGUUAAGAUAGCAGCCACUGGUGAUGUGCCGGGAGGACGGGCAUCCCAUUCAUCCACUGUGUUUAAAGAUCACUUAUACAUUUUUGGUGGAAUAGGUCCAGAUGGGACUCUAGAUACUACAUACAAGUAUCAUAUAGAAGAGCAGAAGUGGACACUGCUGCAGUUUGAUUCUCCUCUGCCUGCUGGGAGACUGGACCACGCCAUGUGUGUCAUUCCCUGGCGGGUUGGCAAGAAUGGUGACACUGGAGCUGUCACUAGGGAUGAUAAAGCUGAGCCAACUGCAUCAGCUGGUGACAGAGCUGAGCACCUCUGUGGAGGCCAGGAUGAGAAGGCAUGUACUGAAGACACAAUGGUGCAUCUGCUGUUAAUAUUUGGUGGGAUGGAUACACAAGCAGAGAUAUAUAGGGACUGCAUUGUAAGUCUGAUUGAAUAGUCCAGCUGCAGCCCUUCACAGGACCAUCCCCUUCCUUAAGUUUUUGUAUUAGUGUCUGAUUAAGUUCUCUAUUUCCAAUAAACAAAUUCUUGCCCUAUAGGGGUGGCA